AUGAGCGGCUCGGGGACUUGGGACAUGGAUGGGCUGCGGGCGGACGGCGGGGCCGCUGGGGCGGCACCGGCCUCCUCCUCGUCGUCCUCCUCUGUGGCGGCGCCUGGCCAGUGUCGCGGCUUCCUGUCGGCGCCGGUGUUCGCGGGGACACAUUCCGGACGCGCGGCGGCGGCAGCGGCAGCGGCGGCGGCGGCGGCCGCGGCAGCAUCCAGCUUCGCGUACCCAGGGACCUCGGAGCGCACAGGCUCCUCAUCCUCGUCGUCGUCUUCCGCGGUGAUCGCCACUCGCCCCGAGGCUCCAGUGGCCAAAGAGUGUCCCGCGCCUGCGGCCGCCGCGACCGCGGCAGCACCGCCGGGCGCUCCCGCGCUGGGCUAUGGCUACCACUUCGGCAACGGUUACUACAGCUGCCGCAUGUCGCACGGCGUGGGCUUACAGCAGAACGCGCUCAAGUCGUCCCCGCACGCCUCUCUCGGAGGUUUCCCGGUGGAGAAGUACAUGGACGUGUCGGGCCUGGCGAGCAGCAGCGUACCGACCAACGAGGUGCCGGCGCGAGCCAAGGAAGUGUCCUUCUACCAGGGCUACACGAGCCCCUAUCAGCACGUGCCUGGGUAUAUCGACAUGGUGUCCACUUUUGGGUCCGGGGAACCUCGGCACGAGGCCUACAUCUCCAUGGAGGGCUACCAGUCCUGGACGCUAGCCAACGGGUGGAACAGCCAGGUGUACUGUGCCAAGGACCAGCCACAGGGGUCCCAUUUUUGGAAGUCAUCCUUUCCAGGGGAUGUGGCUUUAAACCAGCCGGACAUGUGCGUCUACCGACGGGGAAGGAAGAAAAGGGUACCUUACACCAAACUGCAGCUCAAAGAACUGGAGAAUGAGUAUGCCAUUAGCAAGUUCAUUAACAAGGACAAGCGGCGGCGGAUCUCAGCUGCCACAAACCUAUCUGAGAGACAAGUAACCAUUUGGUUUCAGAAUCGAAGAGUGAAGGACAAGAAAAUCGUCUCCAAGCUCAAAGACACUGUCUCCUGA